AUGCUUAGUCAAACGGCUCUUGCUCGGGUUCAGCACGAAAGUCUUGCAUUCAACCGAAUCCCUCGCAAAUCCGAGAGUGACCUGGUUGAUGUCCGAAACAAAGACCUCUUUCGCUCUAAAUGCCUUAGCUAUUACAGCCGCAAGAAGGCCAAUAGUGCCCAACCCCGGCAAAAGUACAGUAUGUCAGGGGAAAGGUCCAACAAGCUACGCACUAUGGACGGCAAGACUUACUGA